ACAUCAUCAAUUUUCCCAAACGGCAAUUAAAAAUGAAAAAUAACGUGUUAAACAGUAAAAAUGGUUCUAUUGAUAUUUCAAUGGUAGACUCCAGUACAAUAGAUGAUCCAUUCCAGCCAAUUAUCGAGAAGGCUGGUAACCAUGGAAGAUUUCAAUUGAUUUUCAAUGUAAUAUUCGUCAUGAGUCUGUCAAUUAUGGGAUCCAUGAUGUAUAUGAAUAUAAUUUUAGCUUUAAAUGUACCCGAUCAUUGGUGCACAGUGCCGGGUAGAGAGACUACCAAUUUUACUCUCAGUGAAUGGCAAAAAUUGACAUUACCCACAACAAAAGACAAUCGUGGGGCAGAAAAGUAUAGCAGUUGUGAAAUGUAUGAUGUCGAUUUUACAGAAAUUGAUGAUUGGGAGCAUUGGAAUUCAACAGCAGCAAAUGUAACAGUUUGUAAAAAUGGCUGGACUUAUGAUCGAACUUGGUUUAAACACACCGUACCAACACGGGAGAAUUGGGUUUGCGAAAAGGAUUUAUAUGUGACAAAUAUAUUCGUCGCUGGACGUGUGGCCGAAGUAGUAGGAUCUUUUCUGCUUGGUCAAAUGGGUGACAUUUUUGGUCGUCGUAUUGUUUAUUACGUUAGUGUGCUAUUAAGCUCCUUUGGUAGAAUUUCAUCAAUUUUGACGACAUCUCAUUAUAUUUGGUUCUUAAUCGUUUCCUGCUUAACAUCCUUCUCCAUAAAUAGUGUAUUUCAGUCACCUCAUGUAAUCGGCAUGGAAAUAUCAAGAGAUGAAGAUCGCAGUUUAAUAGCAAUGUAUCAUAAUUUUGGUUGGUCAGUUGGUAUAACAAUGGUACCUCUGCUUUUUUGGUGGCUACGUGACUGGGAAUCGUUUAUGUGGAUAUCGUCGGUACCAGCAUUAUUUUUCUUAUUAAUAUACAAAUAUGCCAUUGAGUCUCCACGUUGGCUGAUUAGCAAGAAACGUUUUGGUGAUGCUAUUACACAAUUGAAAAAAAUUGCUAAGGUCAAUGGACGCCAGUUUGAUAUGACGGAAAAAGAUUUGGCUCAAAUUUACUGCGAAAUCAAUCAAGAGGCUACUUAUGGUUUUGCAUCAAUGUUCAGUGGCUGGCGUUUGGCUAAAAAUACUUUGAUUUUGGGUUUCUCUCGCUGCGUUGUUGGUAUUUCCUACUUUACUAUAGUGUUGUUCAGUACAGCCAUAAGUGGUAAUCCCUUCCUAAAUUUUCUUUUACAAAGUGUAGCAGAAAUACCCGCCUACUUUAUGGGCAGAUAUUUAGGUGAUAAAUUUGGACGUCGUUUUACUAAUAGUUUUUCAGCCUUUAUAUCAUGCCUUACUUGUGUAUUGAUUAUAAUAUUGGCAGUAGAGAAAAAAUAUGAAUUCAUAGUCAUGGGUUUGGCUUCGUUUGUCAAAUUCUUAAAUGCAGUAUCCUACUUUACGGCUAGCUUGCAGGGUAUGGAAAUUUAUCCCACUUGCAUGCGCCAAACUGGAUGUGCAUUUGGUACUAUUUUGGGUAAUUCUGCUGGUACUUUGGCUCCAUAUCUUGUGUAUUUAAGUACCACUGUUGACAUACGCUGCCCCUAUUAUAUUUUAGCUACAUUAUUCUUAAUUAGUUCAGUCGGUACUCUUUUCUUGCCCGAAACAUUGCAUAAAAAAUUACCUGACACUAUGGAGGAAGCGAGGCAAUUUGGUGUAAAUGAUAAAUUCUUCAGUCUACCUAAGGCGCCUGCAGCCAAUCAUAAUUUAACAGACAAAAAGAGUUCGAUUGAUAUUACUGCACUGGAAAAGCUAAAUCAGGAUCAAUAUGCCCCCUAAACGGAUUUUAAUAAAAGGUCUCUUCAAAGACGUCUCCUUUAUCAAUGUUUUAAUUUUAAAUAUUGUAUAAAAUUUA